UAAAAGGUAAGAGAGACAGUGAGACUUUUAGAUUGAGAACAGUCACAGAGCACUAGCACAGCUGGAUUCACCCUACAACCAACAGGAUGUUGACGUUUACGUUUUUGCUCCUGGCUUUGUCAAGUCUCCAUGCUGCCCCACUGAGGGAUGAUGUAGUGGCACCCCCUAGAGGUAGGCUUCAGGAUCGCAAGGUCCUGGUUCUGCCCUGGAGCGUCCCAGUGAGGGAUCAUGUAUUGUCAUCCCCUAGAGGUAGACUUCAGGAUCGCAAGGUCCUGGUUCUGCCCCGGAGCGUCCCAGUAGAGGAGCGCAGACAGGGAACAGAGCCCUCCAGACGCUUCAUCAUGGACCUGAACACCGGCCUCGUCAAGGAACACGUCAGUGAGAUGGACAGGAGAGUGGGACUAGUGUAUGUUCCUCCCUCUGUGGAUGAGUACAGACAGGGAACCGAGAACUCCCAGAAGACUCUGGUGGACAUCAGGAGCGGACGCAUCAUCAAACCUGUCGGAGAGAUGGAGAGAAGCAUGAUAAUGACUCCUCAGGAGCCUAUGGAGGUCCCAGUCCCAGUCCAGAGGAGAGUGGGAGGAUGGGUGAGGGCUGAUGUUCUGCCCGGGAGUCUCCCAGUGGAGGAACGCAGACAGGGAACAGAGCCCUCCAGACGCUUCAUCAUGGACCUGAACACCGGCCUCGUCAAGGAACACGUCAGUGAGAUGGACAGGAGAGUGGCACCAGUGUACACUCCUUCCUCUGUGGAUGAGUACAGACAGGGAACCGAGAACUCCCAGAAAACUCUGGUGGACAUCAGGAGCGGACGCAUCAUCAGGCCUGUUGGAGAGAUGGAGAGAAGCAAUAAACAGAUACUUCAGGAUGAGAGAGACAGAUUCCAAAAUGUGAGGCUGGUCGGGGCUGAGGUCCGGAGCGUCCCAGUGGAGGAACGUAGACAGGGAACAGAGCCUUCCAGACGAUUCAUUUUGAACCUGAACACCGGCCUCGUCAAGGAACACGUCAGUGAGAUGGACAGGAGAGUGGCACCAGUGUACACUCCUUACUCUGUAGAUGAGUUCAGACAGGGAACCGAGAACUCCCAGAAAACUCUGGUAGACAUCAGGAGUGGACGCAUCAUUAGGCCUGUUGGAGAGAUGGAGAGAAGCAUGAAACUGACACCUCAGGAUGACAGGCUGGUGAGUGCUAAGGCUGAGACUCACUCAGAGAAAGAGUGUGUUGGUGAGGUCAUCGAUGGCCACUGCUAUCAGUUCAACCCCACACUAAUGACCUUCAGUGAGGCAGAGUACUCCUGCAGAAUUCUCUCCCCUCACGGACACCUGGCCUCCGUAACCAACGGCAACCUGCACUCCCGCCUGGUCUCCCUGGUGACCAGGGCCACCAAGAGUCCCGUCCUCACCUGGCUGGGUGGAGUCGUGAAGGAUAAGCAGUCAGAGUGGACCGACGGGUCAGCCUGGGGCUACAGUGACUGGAUGCCCGGUCACCCAGACACACAGACAGACAAGCAGGCUUGUCUGGAGAUGUUCAGAAUUGAUGAGAGCUGGUGGACAGCAGUGGACUGUGAACUGAAGAGAGCUUCCAUCUGCUCCUUCCCCAUGGCAGCAUAAGAGGCCUGCACUAACUGUAGAAUUAGAAUAAGUAGAAUGGACAUUACAAUGCACUAUGAAUGGGACUGGUCACUCGAUGGCAAGUUGCAACAUACAUAGAAGGCAACAAAACCUGAUGGAGACAAACACAAUAGAAAAGUUAAAUUACCACCCCCCCCCCCCCCCCCCCCCCAUUGGUAGUGAUAUCAGGUCUCACCAGUAACCAAGUGAUGUCAACACAUGAAGUGUUCUAUUGAAGUGUUCUAAUCUGUCACCCUCUUGAGUGACAUUAAAAAACAUGGAUUUAAAAAAUAUAUAUCCAUUCUACACAUUCUGUUUCCAUGCAGUAAUCCUGUGAACCAUAAAUCAUCUGCAUCCUGUUUGUAUUAAGUUGUAUGUCCUCCCUUCUUAAAAUAAAAACGGAGCAUUUUA